AUGACCGACCACCACGAUAUCAUCAUGAGAGACGGCGAUUCAAGCCAUUCCCGCCAGCUUUCAGAGCCUGCGGGCGUCAUCGAACACAUCGAGGCACGGACACACCGACUCGUAACCAUCGAGACAGGCUGGAAUCCGAGCAACAGUACCUUUGCCAACUGUCACCCUCAGGAACAAUCUAGGCUCUUCCAGCUUCCCCAGGAACUGCGAGAUGAGAUCUUCCAGUACGUUGCCCUUCCUUACGACAAUCCAGCAUACGGGCAACCUUGCGACAAUCCAGCAAACGGGCAACGUUUUGAGGACACCUUCUGCUGCCGCGAGCACAGCUUGCCUUUGGCCAGGUCAUUCAUCGACGGCAAAUUCUUCAAUGAGAAGGGUGUUAAGGUUACAGAACGCCCGUGCUACGAAAGCUUCUCUCGAUGCAAGUACCGCUACAGUAUUGCUCUUCUCGCCACCUCUCGGCGAGCAUGGCUCGAAGCGAAUCAGCUCUUCAUGGGCGGGGCGACACACUCUUUCUGGAUACACGAGGACAACGGCAAUCAUGGACACCAUCCUGAUGGCGUCAAGCGUCAAGAAGCCAUCAUAAGCCGCUUUGCACAUAGCCUCACCCCGAACCACCGCAAACGUUUCAAUAGGAUGCAAGUAUACAUCGACUUGGAAUACGCAAGUUCGUGGUGCGGGAAACUAGAAUUUGCGGAGCCUUACAUUUACCACUUUGCUUGUCCCAAGGUCCUGGUGGUGACACUGCGUUCCGAAGUACGCAACUUUGCCGGUAAACUGGACUACCGCUGGGCGCCGAAGAUGUUGCAAAGCCCGGGAUGGUCGCGACUACGCCAGCUAAGAGUCGAGCUGGAAUUGGUCAAUGCCGUCGACGCUUCUCACCUCCAGCACUUCGCCUGUUGCGUCCGCGAGGCUUUUCUGCAAUUCAUGCGUGAUGACCACGACAUCCGCUUCCAGCUGAUCGAAGAUGAUCUGGACGGACUCGAAUGGCCGGCUGGCGAGCAUGCUGCCGAUUCCACGACAUGUCCGAAGACGAUUCAUCGGGCUGCCACGAUCAUUCUCACUCAAAGACAGGUCCGACAUGGCGGUCGAAGCGCGGAUGCAAGCGCCCAGAAGCUGCCGCUCGCUGGGCGGAUAGACGACGAAAAGCGUUGGUGGUUUGGGGAGGGUGCAUGGUGCGAGCGUGGGGGCACGCAUGCAGAAUGCGAAUGGGACUGUCAGCUGCAUCGAGACAUCUAUCGGGAGAAGUGGGAGAAGGAGGGGAGUUUACUGAAGUUUGCACCGCUUACUUGA